AGGGCGUUGGGGGCGGAAGUGACGGGAAGGUGGUAGUGGAGUAGUUGGCGGGUGGUUGAUCAGACCCGGUCGCCAUGUCCGCGGGGAGCGCGACACAUCCUGGAGCCGGCGGGCGCCGCAGCAAAUGGGACCAACCAGCUCCAGCCCCGCUUCUGUUUUUGCCACCGGCGACCCCAGGUGGGGAGGUUACCAGUAGUGGAGGAAGCCCGGGGGGCUCCACAGCUGCACCCUCUGGAGCCUUGGACGCUGCUGCCGCUGUGGCGGCCAAGAUCAAUGCCAUGCUCAUGGCCAAAGGAAAGCUGAAACCAACUCAGAAUGCUGCUGAGAAGCUUCAGGCCCCUGGCAAAGGCCUAACUAGCAAUAAAAGCAAGGAUGACCUGGUUGUGGCUGAAGUAGAGAUCAACGAUGUGCCUCUCACGUGUAGGAACUUGCUGACCCGAGGACAGACCCAAGAUGAGAUCAGCCGACUUAGUGGGGCUGCAGUGUCAACUCGAGGGAGGUUCAUGACAACUGAGGAGAAGGCCAAAGUAGGACCAGGGGAUCGUCCAUUGUAUCUUCAUGUUCAGGGCCAGACACGGGAAUUAGUGGACAGAGCUGUAAACCGAAUCAAAGAAAUCAUUACCAAUGGAGUAGUCAAAGCUGCCACAGGGACAAGUCCAACUUUUAAUGGUGCAACAGUCACUGUCUAUCACCAGCCAGCACCCAUUGCACAGCUGUCUCCAGCUGUUAGCCAGAAGCCUCCCUUCCAGUCAGGGAUGCAUUAUGUUCAAGAUAAAUUAUUCGUGGGUCUUGAACAUGCUGUGCCCACUUUUAAUGUCAAGGAGAAAGUGGAAGGUCCAGGCUGCACCUAUUUGCAGCACAUUCAGAUUGAAACAGGUGCCAAAGUCUUCCUACGAGGGAAAGGCUCAGGCUGCAUUGAGCCAGCAUCUGGCCGAGAAGCUUUUGAACCUAUGUACAUUUACAUCAGUCAUCCCAAACCAGAAGGCCUAGCUGCUGCCAAGAAGCUCUGUGAGAAUCUCUUGCAAACAGUUCACGCUGAAUACUCUAGAUUUGUGAACCAGAUCAAUACUGCUGUACCUUUACCAGGCUAUACACAACCCUCUGCUAUAAGUAGUGUCCCUCCUCAGCCACCAUAUUAUCCAUCCAAUGGCUAUCAGUCUGGUUACCCUGUUGUUCCCCCUCCUCAGCAGCCAGUUCAACCUCCUUAUGGAGUACCAAGUAUAGUGCCACCAGCUGUUUCUUUGGCACCUGGAGUCUUGCCAGCAUUACCCACUGGAGUUCCACCUGUGCCAACACAAUACCCGAUAACACAAGUGCAGCCUCCAGCUAGCACUGGACAGAGUCCGAUGAGUGGGCCUUUUAUUCCUGCUGCUCCUGUCAAAACUGCCUUGCCUGCCGGCCCCCAGCCCCCACCCCAGCCCCAGCCCCCACUCCCAAGUCAACCCCAGGCACAGAAGAGGCGAUUCACAGAGGAGCUACCAGAUGAACGAGAAUCUGGACUUCUUGGAUACCAGGUACAGGCUUCUCCAGUCAGAAUGAGAUUGAAGGUGCAGGAUCGAAGCCGGCAAGUUCCUCAGGCAAAGAGCGAGAGAGGGACAGGCAGUUGAUGCCUCCACCAGCCUUUCCAGUGACUGGAAUAAAAACAGAGUCUGACGAAAGGAAUGGGUCUGGGACUUUAACAGGGAGUCAUGGUAAGUAAGGUGUAGCUGGGGGAGCAAGGAAAUGGCUAAGACUGGUCUUAAGCUAUUAGCUUUCUAAUCUGAUAUUCAUUCAGGUUGACUUAUUCAGGUGUUUAAUCCAACCUCUAUAAUCUGUUGGCUAAUGAGAAUACUUUUUUUUGUUUGUUUGUUUAUAAGGACAUCAUAUAGUUACACAGCCUUUUAUUUUCAACCGACGUGUGUCUAGAAAAGAGUCAGUCGACUUACAUUUUAUACAUAGCAUCAGUGACAUUUAGGAAAAAGUAAUGAUUGGUAGGUCAUUUCAAAAUUUUGUUGCCUUUGUUGUUUGAAUACCUGGAGGUAACCUGAUGCAGACUUAAAAGACUUUUGUGUUGGGAGCUGAGCUACCUCUCACCUUAUAUCUCUUAUUUAUUGGUUGGGAAUGGUCAACCAGUGUCUUUUUUAAAAUGUUGCUUCUUAGUAUCUCAGAACUCUAAAUUUGGAGAGGUCCAUAAAUGGGAUUUUUUUUUUUCUUUGCCUAUAGUCAUAAAAAUGAACAGAAGAAAGUACAUUUUUUUUCUUUUCUUCUAACUUUUUAAAGGUGAAAUAUUAGACUCCAGAGACUUACUUGCUAACUUUCCUUUUUUUUUUUUUCUUUUUUUUUUUGUGUGUGUGUUUCUUUUUUCUUUCUCUGUUUUCUUACAUGGUUCUGGUGGAUUCCCAUUUGCUGAUGCUGGUGCUGUUUUUCGUGUGAUCUUCAACGUUUUUGGGUGACCAUUGACCCUGUGACCUCAAAAUGGUGUCCAACUAACCACAAUUAACAUCUUUUUUUUUAAUUAACGAAUUUAUGGUAUUAUCUUUUUUUUUUCUUCUUGGUGGGGAAUGGGGUUGGGGUUAUUCUUUCUUCUAGAUUAUCCAGUCAAGAAAAUGAAGACUACAGAGAAGGGGUUUGGCUUGGUGGCUUAUGCUGCAGAUUCAUCUGACGAAGAGGAGGAACACGGAGGUCAUAAAAAUGCAAGUAGUUUUCCACAGGGCUGGAGUUUGGGAUAUCAGUAUCCUUCAUCACAACCACGAGCUAAACAACAGAUGCCAUUCUGGAUGGCUCCAUAGGCAACAGUGGAGCAGAGAUUUGAGCCUUGGUGACUCUAGCAAUAAUGCAUGCAUUUGAUUUAAUAAUAAGACUCUGGGGCCUGUACGGGGAACCAUCUUGGACUUUUACAGAAGUCAGUGAUGGGGAAAAAGAAAAAAAAGUCAGUGAUGAGCGUUCCCUUUCUUAAAGGGUUUCCAUUCUUUUUUUUAAAAAAAAAAAUACCCUUAUUUCUGCAGUGGCAUAGCAUCUGUUAAAAUUUACUUAGAAUCACAAAUUUGUCUCAAGCUUUUUAACAGUUGGUGAAAUGUGCUUGUUCAACAGGGUCAUUCCAGUAUACCCUUGACCUGGUCCAGCCUUUUCCAAAUGAAUAGCCCUUAUUCUGACAUAAAGCAAGUUUUGUUUGUAUUUUACUACUGUGGUCAAUUUUGAUAAUAACUGGUUCCAAACAAAGCCUUACUAUUUAUUAGUGGGGAAAUGAUUUUAAGACCAUCCUUUCCUUUCAGUAUUUAAAUCUAAAAAGUCCUCAUCCCUAUUUCAUUUUUUGGAUUCUUUGUUUUGGAAAAUGCAAAUGCAUUACUAAUGCAAAACUGUUGGAUAUAGCUGAAUCCUGGGAUAUUGAAGGUUUUUUUCCAUUGGGAUGAGUCAAAGCUGGUACCUUUCAGGCAUUCUUGUCUCAGAUAACCAUUGCUGUUUUUACUGCCCGUCUAAGCUCCUUGUCUUCAACUGAGUCUGAGAAAAUUACUUGAUCAAAAGCUGGUCAGAACUCAUCACAGAAAUGACAUCCAGUGGUCUGUCUCUCUGAGAACUGGUUGCAACUGAAAAUAGAGAGAUUUGACUGCUUGGAAUAAAUGGUGGACUUAGUGACUGAAAUUGCAACUUGUCCUUUUUCUUGGCAUUACAGGUUUUGCCAAAAGAACUUUUUUGUAUCAAAUAUUGAUGUGUGAAAGUGAAGGAGCUAGUCUGCUGAACCAGGAGUAGUUUGAGAUACUGAACUGUCGUUUUUGCACAUUUGAGUACUUUGCAGACUGGCUUUGUAUAAACGUAUCCUCUGGUUUCCUAUAUGUUGUAAAUAUUUAGAUCAUAAUUUCAUUAUAAAUAAAUGUAUAAAUAUUCUGCUUG